AUGGCAUGGCGAAAAAUUCCUUGUGGGAGAGGCGGCCGGAGCUUCGAGGUUGCAGAUGAGCCGGCGCCGGCUGCUCUCCACUACCGUGCAUGGGCCGACCCCGAGCCCGCCGCUGUUCCUUCGCCCUUCCAUCCGUCGCCAUUCAAUUCCGCGGAGUUCCGCCACCGCUGCUCCUUGUUCUCCGGCCAUGGCCACCUCUCCUUCUCAGCCCACCACUACCACCCGACCGAUCGAUUUCCAUCUGCCGAUGGAGCGCCGCAAGGGCGCAGCCGCCGCCAUGCGAAGCAAGGCCGCCGCCGGCGCUGUGGCCGCACCGAUACCGACGCCGGCAGACCCUCCUGCCCCAGCCUCUCGCUGGGCCUAGUCGCCAAAAUCCACGGUCGCCUCCCCUUCCUCGACCGCCUCGCCUUCGCCGCCGCCUUCGUCGAGCCCUGCAAAGACCUGUUCGAGCCGGAGCCGCCAUGUCUCCUCCUGCCCGACAAGACCUCCGACACCGCCAGGCUCUUCUCCCUCGCCGAACGCCGCGCCUUCUCCGCGCGCGUGCCGGACCCGGCGAUGCGCGAGCGGGACUACCUGGUCAUCGGCUCGAACCACGGGUGGCUCGCCACCGCCGACGACCGCGGCCAGAUCCACCUCGCCAACCCGACCACCGGCGCGCAGCACUAGCUCCCGCACAUCACCACCAUGGGCGUCUUCUACCUCCGGCAGGACCGCCGACAUUUCUCCGUCAUCAUAAAGGACUUCCUGGCCGCCCGGUACGGCGGCGGCCCGCCGUUCGAGCUCCACAGCCGGGGUCCCCAUGGGUACGGGACGUGCACGUACUCCGCGUGCCAGAUGCGCAUGUGGUUCUACCGGAAGUUGGUCCUCUCGGACUCCCCGCGCCCCGGGACCUACGCCGCCAUGCUCAUCCUUGAACCCAAAAUCGGUGCCCCGGCCUUCGCCACGGCGGAGGACCCCGCGUGGCGGCUCGCGCGGUCUCCCGACGGCGUCGAGGACGCCAUAUUCCAGCCCGACGACGGCAAGUUCUGGUCCGUCUCCUACACCGGCGUGGUGGAGUCCUGGGAGCGCGACGCCGAUACCGGCAUGUACCAGAGCACGCCCGUCGCGCCGAUGCUGGCACUGCCUGCCAUUAACCCGUGCCCGCGCAAGUACCUCGUGGCGGCGCCGGGCGGGCGGCUGAUGGUGGUGCUCAAGUACUCCGAGGUGAACGAGGGACGGUACAGCCAGGACAGGCCGUGUCGGUGCUCCUUCAAGGUACACGUCCUCGGCGACGGCGGGCUGUGGGAGGAGACGACGGACAUUGGCGAGGCCGCGCUGUUCGUCGGGGUGUCCACGAGUGGCCGCCCGGAGAUCAUGGCCAACUGCGUCUACUACGCUGACGACGACCUCGGGAAGGCGACCGUGUACAAGCGUUCGCGGGGCGUCGGGGUGUACAACCUGAAUCACGGAGCCAUGACGUGCCUCGAGCUAGGGCCGCACGACGGCAGCAGCUCCUGGCCACCGCCAGCAUGGAUGACGCCCUCCAUCCCAUGAUAGAGCUCGCAAGGUCGCUCUUCUGAAUCAGCUAUAGCUGGCGACACAAUUCAAGUUAAAAGAGUUUUAUACUGUACUCCUAAAUUCUUGUCGUUGUGCGCGUGACUAGUUGGAUUUGUCAGAAUUUUCACGAAUAAUUAAACUACUCGUGUUUCUGGUGCGAUGAUCAUCUUCAUCUAAAAAUUAAGUUUUUCUUUUUUACAACUUUA